AUGUUUGUGCUCAGAAGCCUGACUGAAGCCAGUUGUGGCUCCAACCAAACGCAUGAAGAUGUAAAGCAUUAUUAUGGGAAGCAUCUGAGUAACACAAAAGAUAUUAAAACCUCAGCUUGUGCCGCUCCUGCAAAACCAUUGCCAAAACAUAUUAAGGAUGCCCUGAGUGAAAUUCAUGAAGAUAUAACGUCACGGUAUUAUGGCUGUGGGCUCACAGUACCACAGUGUUUGGAGAACUGCAGGAUUCUGGACCUGGGAAGUGGGAGUGGAAGAGACUGUUAUAUUCUGAGUAAACUGGUUGGACCCAAGGGACACGUCACUGGUGUAGACAUGACUGAUGAGCAGUUAGAGCUUUCAAGAAAAUAUAUUGAUUAUCAUACACAGAAGUUUGGAUUCCAGCAACCUAAUGUGAAUUUCACUAAAGGUUACAUAGAAAACCUGAAAGAAGCAGAUCUACUGGAUGAGACAUUUGAUGUUGUGGUAUCUAACUGCGUGAUAAACCUUUGUGCUGACAAAAAGACUGUGCUUAAGGAAGUCUACAGAGUUUUAAAGAAUGGAGGUGAAAUGUUCUUCAGUGACAUGUACAUCAACAAGACACUUUCUGAAGAACUGAAGAAAAACAAAAUGGUGUGGGGUGAAGGUAUUGGUGGAGCAUUGCUGUGGAAGGACCUUUUCAAGUUCGCUGAAGAGAUAGGAUUCAGUCCCCCACGCCUUGUCACUUCACGGAACAUCACCUUUAACAAGGAGCUAGAAGAUGUUGCCAGUGACUACAAGCUCGUCUCUGCUACCUUCCGACUAUUCAAGCUCCCGAAAGACGCUAACAAGGAAAAGUGUCAGGCAAUGUACAAAGGGGGCGUCAUAGGUUAUGAAAAUGAAAUACAGUUUGAUGUAAACUUUUCUUUCAAGGAAGGACAGGCUGUUGAUGUGGACGAGGAGCUGCAAGGAAUCCUGAAAAUCUCUAGAUUUGAGGAGCAUUUUUCAUUUCUACCCUUGGAAAACGCAUUAGAAUCUAAUAAGCUACGUUUCUGA